CCGGGAUGUGACCGGACUUCACCGGAGGAGCCUCGACAGCAGCUGCAGUCAUGAACUACCAGCAGCAUCUCGCCAACUCGGCCGCCAUCCGGUCGGAGAUCCAGAGGUUCGAGUCCGUCCACCCCAACAUCUACUCCAUCUACGAGCUGCUGGAGCGGGUGGAGGAGCCGCUGCUGCAGAACCAGAUCCGGGAGCACGUCAUCGCCAUCGAAGAUGCGUUUGUGAACAGUCAGGAGUGGACGCUGAGUCGAGCCGUGCCCGAGCUGAAAGUGGGCAUUGUGGGUAAUCUGGCCAGUGGGAAGUCUGCACUGGUGCACAGGUACCUGACGGGGACGUACGUCCAGGAGGAGUCGCCGGAAGGAGGUCGUUUCAAGAAGGAGAUCGUGGUCGACGGUCAGAGUCACCUGCUGCUGAUCCGAGAUGAAGGAGGCCCCCCCGAGCCUCAGUUUGCGUUGUGGGUCGAUGCCGUGAUCUUCGUCUUCAGUCUGGAGGACGAGAUCAGCUUCCAGACGGUUUAUCACUACUUCAGCCGCCUCGCCAGCUACAGGAACACCAGCGACCUGCCGCUGGUGCUGGUCGGCACGCAAGACGCCAUCAGCUCGGCGAACCCGCGAGUCAUCGACGACGGCCGCGCCCGCAAACUCUCCAACGACCUGAAGCGCUGCACCUACUACGAGACCUGCGCCACCUACGGGCUGAACGUGGAGCGCGUCUUCCAGGACGUGGCUCAGAAGAUCUCGGCCACGAGGAAGAAGCAGCAGUUAUCCAUCGGGCCGUGCAAGUCGCUGCCCAACUCGCCGAGUCACUCGUCCGUCUGCAGCACGCAGGUGUCGGCCGUGCACAUCCCUCAGACGAGUAACGGCGGCGGCAGCCUGAGCGACUACUCGUCCUCGGUGCCGUCGACGCCCAGCACGAGUCAGAAGGAGCUGCGCAUCGACGUGCCGCAGGCCGCCAACACGCCCACGCCCGUCAGGAAGCAGUCCAAGCGCCGCUCCAACCUCUUCACCUCGAGGAAGGCCAACGAGCCGGACAAGGAGAAGAAAGGCCUGGAGGCUCGGGCCGACAGCAUCGGCAGCGGGCGAGCAAUCCCCAUCAAACAGGGCAUGUUGCUGAAGAGAAGCGGGAAAACCCUCAACAAGGAGUGGAAGAAGAAGUACGUGACGCUGUGUGACAACGGACUGCUCACCUACCACCCCAGCCUGCACGACUACAUGCAGAACGUCCACGGGAAGGAGAUCGACCUGCUGAGGACCACGGUGAAGGUCCCGGGGAAGAGGCCGCCGCGCGCCGUCUCCACCUGCGCCGCCGCCGCCGCGCCCGGCCCCAAGACCAACGGGCUGAGCAAGGACAUGAGCGGCCUGCAGCUGGGCCCCACGCCAGGCACGGUGACCACCAGUGCGUCCGUGUCUCAGAUGGCGAGCGGCCCCAGCCUGGUGUCCUUCAACAGCCGCGGGGGGGCGGAGGGGAUGCACCAGCGCUCGUACUCCGUCUCCAGCGCCGACCAGUGGGCCGACGCCACGGUCAUCGCCAACUCCGGAGUCAGCACGGACACCGGCCUCGGGGACUCGGUCUGUUCCAGUCCCAGUAUCUCCAGCACCACCAGCCCCAAGAUGGAGCCGCCGCCGUCGCCCCACGCCAACCGGAAGAAGCACCGGCGGAAGAAGAGCACCAGCAACUUCCGAGCCGACGGCCUCUCUGGUACUGCGGAAGAACAAGAGGAGAACUUUGAGCUGACCAUCGUGUCGCUGACCGGGCAGACCUGGCACUUCGAGGCGGCGUCCUACGAGGAGCGAGACGCCUGGGUGCAGGUCAUCGAGAGCCAGAUCCUCGCCAGUCUGCAGUCGUGUGAGAGCAGCAAGAACAAGUCUCGUCUGACCAGCCAGACGGAGGCGAUGGCUCUUCAGUCCAUCAGAAGCAUCCGAGGAAACGCUCACUGUGCCGACUGUGAAGCUCAGAGCCCCGACUGGGCGAGUCUGAACCUCGGAGCCCUGAUCUGCAUCGAGUGCUCGGGCAUCCACAGGAACCUGGGCACGCACCUGUCCCGGGUUCGCUCUCUGGACCUGGACGAGUGGCCGCUGGAGCUCAUCAAGGUCAUGUCGGCCAUCGGCAACGAGCUGGCCAACAGCGUGUGGGAGGCCAACGCUCAGGGACGCCUCAAGCCCGGGCCGGACGCCAGCAGGGAGGAGCGGGAGCGUUGGAUCCGGGCGAAGUACGAGCAGCGUCUGUUCCUGGCGUCGCUGCCGGGCGCCGAGCUGUCGCUGGGCCAGCAGCUGCUGAGGGCCACGGCGGAGGAGGACCUGCGCGGCGUGGUGCUGCUGCUCGCUCACGGGUCCCGGCAGCAGGUCAACGAGACGUGUGGCGAGGGCGACGGCCGCAGCGCGCUGCACCUCGCCGGGCGCAAGGGCAACGUGGUCGUCACGCAGCUGCUCAUCUGGUACGGCGUGGACCUGAUGGCGAGGGACGCCCACGGGAACAGUGCGAUGGCGUACGCCCGGCAGGCCAACAGCCAGGAGUGCGUGGACACGCUGGCUCAGUACGGAUGUCCUGACGAGCGCUUCCCGCUCAUGGCCACGCCCAACCUGUCCCGCCGCAACACCAACCGCAACAACAGCUGCAGCAGCAGCGGAAGCACCGCCCUCAUCUGACGGCGGCGCUCGGACACGUGGAAACACACACACACACACUUGGGAGAAUUUAUUUUGGGAACCACCACCUGACUCUGGAGCCCCGCCCACCUCACCUGACGACCACCUGGCGGCUCGUCCAGACUGAUUUGAAGGUGACGCCAUGUUUGGGAGAAGACACCCAAAGCAUGCUGGGAAAUGUGGUCCACGGGUGGCUCGUCAUUGGUUGAUCAGAACUCUGGGUAAUAAUCACAUGACUUGUGGCGUCCAAUCAGGGCGCCACGGACUUCCUCAUCACACUACGGCCAGUUCCUGUCAAUCAAGAAUCCUCGAAAGACUCCGGCUCAACAGCCAAUCAGAAUCCACGCCCUCUUUCCCGCCAAAACAUAUCUUCAGUGACGUGAAGACGAUAUCAAGAAAUCGUGGGAGAAAUCCCCGCCCCCCCCCAGACUCCGCCUCCUCCUGCCGCUUUGUGUUUUUUUAUUUCAUGUGAAAAAUAUCUAGAUGUAAAACUUUAAAAGUAAAAACACAAAUAUCGGAUCAGUUGUUAGCGUUAAAAAGAAGAAGUGAUAGAUCGCAUGUCGUAGUCACGUGUUCUAGAUCCAAGACGUUUCCCUGGGUGUGAAUAUUCUCUCCAUCGGAUCGUCACCAUGGCAACGGGGGCGUUUUGUUGUCUGUAUAAAGAGAACAGAAGCUCAGGGACCAGAGAC